AUGGGUUACAUAAGCUGUCGUUUCCGACCGAAGGCCGUGGGGAAGGAGGAGGAAGGACGCAAGGCGCCCAAGAAUGGUAACGGCCCCUUGUCCACCUCUUGCGCCAGUCGCUGGGAGCCAGAAGGGAAACCGAUUGGGGCUGUGCGCUCCCCCCAAACCCCGCGGGACACGCGCGGCAACACGUGGGGCCCGGGAGGGGGCGGCAGCGGCGGGGUGGCCAAGUGGCUCCGGGAGCACCUAGGCUUCCGUGGGGCUGGAGGCGGCGGGGGCGGCAAGCCCGCGCCCCCGGAGCCCGACUACCGGCCCCCCGCGCCCUGUCCUGCCGCACCCCCCGCGCCUCCCCCAGACAUCCUGGCCGCCUACCGACUGCAACGGGAACGCGACUUCGAGGACCCCUACUCCGGGGGCCCGUCCGGUUCCACCGCCCUCGCCGCCCCUGCCAUCCCCGGACCCGCGCCGCCCCCGCGCCACGGCUCACCCCCGCAUCGUCUGAUCCGGGUCGAGACCCCGGGGCCCCCGGCGCCCCCUCCGGAGGAGCGGAUCUCCGGAGCCCCGGCCGGCGGCGACCGACUGGCCAUCCUAGAAGACUACGCAGAUCCGUUUGAUGUCCAGGAGACUGGAGAAAGCUCAGCAGCAGCCUCAGGGGCCCCAGAGAAGAUCCCCGAAAACGAUGGCUACAUGGAGCCUUACGAGGCCCAGAAGAUGAUGGCUGAGAUCCGGGGCUCCAAGGAGCCAGCCACCCAGCCCUUGCCUCUGUACGACACCCCCUAUGAGCCAGAUGAGGAGGCCCCCACCCCUGAGGGUGAGGCUGCCCCCUGGCCUCGGGAGUCCCGCCUGCCUGAGGAUGAUGAGAGGCCCCCCGAGGAGUACGACCAGCCCUGGGAGUGGAAGAAGGGGAGGAUUUCCAAAGCUUUUGCAGUUGACAUAAAGGUCAUCAAAGACCUACCUUGGCCUCCGCCCGUGGGACAGCUGGACAGCAGCCCCUCCCUGCCUGAUGGGGACAGGGACAUCUCCGGUCCAGCCUCACCCCUCCCUGAGCCCAAUCUGGAGGACAGCAGCGCCCAGUUUGAAGGAUCAGAGAAAAGCUGCCUGUCGCCUGGCCGGGAGGAGAAGGGGCGACCACCUCCCCGGCUCCCUGCAGUGACCCCCAAACCAACCAAACCCCUGGGCACCGAGCCUGGCAGCCCCCUGGGCGAAUGGACAGACCCCGCACUGCCGCUGGAAGACCAGGUCUGGUACCACGGGGCCAUCAGCCGGACCGAUGCCGAGAACUUGCUGCGGCUGUGCAAGGAGGCCAGCUACCUGGUGCGCAACAGCGAGACCAGCAAGAAUGACUUCUCCCUGUCCCUCAAGAGCAGCCAGGGCUUCAUGCACAUGAAGCUGUCGCGCACCAAGGAGCACAAGUACGUGCUGGGCCAGAACAGCCCUCCCUUCAGCAGCGUGCCAGAAAUCGUGCACCACUAUGCUAGCCGCAAGCUGCCCAUCAAGGGGGCCGAGCACAUGUCCCUGCUUUACCCCGUGGCCAUUCGGACUCUGUAGACCUGGGGACUUGGAGAGGCCCAAGGAACUUGCUCCUGCCACCUUGCAUCCCCUUGCCCUGGGGUCUGUGGAUGCCACAUACUCCUUAAUUUAUUGUAAAGGGAAAGGCGUCUGGGACCCGGGACAAGGGCUGGUCCGGAGCUUGGUCCCUUGUGUCCACCCGUGGUGGAGGCAUCGCCUGCCUGCCCUUGCCUCCCUUUGCCUUGGGUCUGCAGGGGAAAGCGCUCGCGGCGCCCCAUCUGCGGGCCAGCGGUGAAAAAUAAACCU